UUCUUUCUUCACCGUUCUCGAUCCAUUUCCAUUUUCUACUAAAAAAAAAAAAUUCAUUUCAUUUCAAUCCAUUUUUUCUUGUUCCGUCUCCGACAAAUGUUUCCCGGCGCCGGCGUUUCCAAGAAGAGGCAGCGCACCACCACCACCGCCGCCGCCGCCGUUAGUCGCCAUUCCUCCACCAUAGCUAACUCUUCAUACUCCGAUAAAACCCUAACCGAAGUCUCUCAAGACCGCCUUCACCGUUCCCCGAGCACCACAAACGCCGCCGGGGACGCAGCCGCAGCUGAAGCCUUCUUCAACGACUCGUCCACCGCGGACGUCGUCCUUCGUCUCUUCAUCGACGCUGUCUCCCCCCUCCAACCCACCUCCUCCCCGACCUCCGCCGACUCCGUCUCGAUCUCCGACCUCCACGUGUACCUCCACUCCUCCGUCCUCCGCCGCUCGAAGUACUUCUCCGCACUCUUAUCCGACCGAUGGAUCUGCCACGUCCACCCUCCUCCGCCACCGGAACACUCAUCCGCCUCCACCACAACUACUUCCGACGAAGAAAACGAGCUCUUCCGCCUCAAUCUCGGAGUUCCUCCCACACCUGGCUCAAUCCGAUCGCAUCUCACGGUGCUUGAGCUUCUCUACACCAACGAUUUCGCUACCGCAAUCGACAGCGCCUCCACUGCGCUCGAUCUCCUCCCGGUGGCUCUAGAACUUCUCUUCGAGGAUUGUGUCAGGUCAUGCGUAGGGUUCCUUGAAGCAGUUCCAUGGACGGAAGAAGAAGAAAAGCGAGUCCUGAGCCUGAUCCCGUUCCUCAGCGAAGAAGAAUCGAAAGAGCUUCUCGCCAGGGUUUCACCGGUCGCAGAAGACUCUUCCGAGCUCAUGCUUGAAGGCCUGAUCUCCUCUGCGAUGAACAAUUACCAGAACACAGCGUUCGUGAAGGCGUUCGUGGCGAAGAUCCUAAGAGAUUUCUCGUCUAAGGAAUCGGCGAAGAGAGUUUUGGAGAAGGCGUUCAAAACGAGCUUGUUGACGGUGAAGGAAUCGUUGGAGGAUUAUUCGAGUCCCGUGUUCAGAGGGGACCAUAACGAAACUGAGGCUCUUCAGAGGUUGAAUCUGCAUAAGGCUUCGACCAAUGGGAAACAUUUGCUGUGGCUUGUGGAGAGGAUGAUUGAGCUGAAGGUGGCUGAUGCUGCUGUCAGGGAGUGGAGCGAGCAGGCCGCUUUCACCGCCGAUCUUCAGAGGGCGUUCCGCGAUGAUGCGUGGAGGAACAUUGUGCCUGGCCUCCCUGCUGUUGUCCUUAGGUGUACUUGUAAGCUCGCUAAUGCUGUUAGUGCUGGCACUAUUCUGGCAUCGAAGCAGGUUAGAAGGAAACUAGUAGAAGAUUGGCUUCCCGUUUUGGUGGUUUGCAAAGAUAAUGUUUCACCAAUAUCACCCAGCAAUAAAUCGCUAUAUCUGGAGCUGGAAGAAACAUUUCUGCGGAUCAUUUCCACACUGCCUAUGUCUGAUGCUCAGGAACUGUUGCAGCGGUGCCUAAGCUUUUCAACCCGAAACGUUGAAGAUUGUCCUCACUUGGUGACAGCAUUCAACACCUGGUUCAGGCGUGCCGCCCAACCUCUGAAACCAGAUAGCUCUUUUGAUCAAUAAGAGACAUGUUUCCGUUGCUUGCACCUUCUUUUGGUUGCCUUCUUGUCAAUAUUGUGUAUAUGUCCAUGUCCAUAACUAAUUCAUGUUCAGGAAGUUGAACAUUAACAUUGUACAUAUGAAGUAAAUCCAGCUCAGUCCUUGCAGCGAUUCUGGAGGUGUUAGCCUAGUUCUUUGAUGCAAAGGGUUUAGUAGGUUAUGGGUUAAACUGUGCAUAGGAAACUACAAGUCCAAAAUGAAAAUAGGACCCGUGAUUUUACCCAUUUCAAAUAAGUUGGUGUUUUCUAGCUUUGAAUAGAGAACAGUUUGAAGAUAAUCCGAUUCUAAAUUAAGUAUUUCAAGUUUGCAACCUUGAAAAGAAACUACUUUUUUGUUUCUCCGUUGCAGAUCUUAGCUCAAUUCACUUGUAUAUCUGUGGGUUUCAUGAAUGACUAGAAGCUAGUUAAUAACGUGACUGGCAUAUAUUAAUUUAAACUGAAGAAUGUUACUGUGGUUUUGAUGUGA